AUGAGUUAAGUAUCAUAAAGAUAAAGAAGUCCAUCUCCUUAAUCUCCAGAAAAAGUAGCUUAAAGAGAAAAGGCAGCAUAAGCAAUGAAAAGACGUAAUCAAACAUAACCUAGCUUUUUUGAAAAAUAUGCAUAUCAUUUGGUAAUAGGUGCAUUUGGAUUUGUGUGUGUUUAUGCAUUAUUUUCAAUUUUAACCCGAUCAAGUAAAAAGUUGACAACAGCACCUGUAAUUGAUGAAGAAGAAAUUGCUAGUCAUAAUUAAUUAGGAUCUUAUUUAUAAGGAUCAAAUGAUUUUUUUAAAGAUUGGAAAUUUAGUGAUGCUAAAUUCAUCUUUAAUAAUCAUUUAACAUUUAAAGGAAAGAUUCCAUAAUGUCCAGAGAGUGGAGUAAUAAUUCCAGAAAGCUACAAUUUUAGAGAUGCUUAACCUGAAUGUGCUUAACCAAUAUAUAAUUAAGGUAAUAUAUAGAUUAAUUAAAUAGGAAAUUGUUCAUCAAGUUAUUCUAUUGCUGCUGUUUCAGCUACUAGUGAUAGAUUAUGUAAAGUUAGAAAUGGUGAAUUUUAAGAUUAAUUGUCUCCCUAAUCUCCCAUCUCUUGUGAUAAUAAGAAUUACAGAUGUGGAGGAGGAAGUGUUACUAGAGUUUUAGAAGUUGGUAAAAAAUAAGGAUUUGUUACAACUUCUUGUUUACCAUAUUCUGGAACUGAAGAUGCUAAAGAUAAUUGUGAUGCUCUCUUUACUAAUUGUGAAAAAUAUAAGAUAUAAGAUUAUUGUGUUAUCUCUAGUGAAGAAAACAUUAAGAGAGAAAUCUUAAAUAAUGGACCUGUUAUAGCAGUUAUUUAAGUAUUCAAAGACUUCCUUGUUUAUAAAGGAGGUAUCUAUGAAGUUGUUGAAGGAAGUUCUAAGUAUUUAUACUUUUCAUUAUUUAGAUUCUAAUAUGGACAUGCAGUUAAAGUAAUUGGUUGGGGUAAGUAAGAUGGAGUUAAUUAUUGGGUUAUUGAAAAUUCAUGGGGAGAUUCUUGGGGUCUCAAAGGUUUGGCUUAUGUUGCUCUAGGUAUUUCAAUCUUAUUUAUUUCUAGGUUAAAACUAAUUGCAAUUAGAAGCAUAUUCUGUAGCACCUAUUGUGUCAGUUCAAUCUGAUAAGGCUGAAUGAGUUUAUCUUAUUUUUGAAAUUAUAUUGGUUUACC